UUGACUUUUUUUUUUUUUUUUUUUUUUAAGGCUAGCACAUUAAGUAUACCUCCCAUUACAACUAGUUCAAGUAUAUGAGAUUCCAUUUCUGGUCCAUAUUACUCAUUUUGCUUUCCUGGGUUCUGAUCAUCUUUUGUAUUUUCAUGUUUCCUAUUUGUAUUUGUUUGGCAGCUUUUCUCUCCUUUACAAAAUUGGGUAGUCAUGCUUCUCCAGUAACCUUGGUGAGUCAGUUCAACCUCUAAUUACUUGAGUCUCCUUCCCUGCAAGAAAAGCAGUCAAACUACACGAACUCUCUAUUGUUUUGCAUCAUUUCACAAGCACACAGGAAUAAGGAGGGAAAUAAUUCUCCCAAUGAAGCAGAACCACCGGUAACAGCUGGCAAAACUUCUAAAGACUCAGUCUGUCUUGAAAAACAACCUCAAAUUGUCCCUAAAUAAUAAUUACCCCACCUGUAGCAGGACUAUCUCACUGACUAGCUGCACUUGAUGACACAAUACCUGCUAUUAACUCUCAGCAUGGAUAUAAACACUGCCAUAAUACUUUUUAAAACCAACAAUGUAUCAUUUGCACAUCAGGACCACAGAAUGUUAGUUAAGGCAUAGAAAACACAAAAGGAAUGGCUACCCUGUUCUUUGGUGACUCCAUAUCUAAUUAUUACCAAAUACGUCUCCAGUCUUUAGACAAAUUUAAUUAUUAUAAAGGUGGUUGGACAAAUAGCAAAGAUUUGCUUUUCAUUAACAAAGGGCACAUCAAAACCGAGUUUAUCCUUCCCAGUUACCCAACAUUCAAAGCUUCUACUGCAGCCACUUUCUAGUCAUUUUAGACCCCAGAGCAGUGUGACGAUUUGAUGCAUAAGUUUCAACACGUUUUAUUAAUCUAUUCUUCUUGUGCUUCAUUUAAAAUAUUGGAAACUAUAAAAAGAUCAGCGUGUUAAUCCUCUGCCAGGAAACAGGGGGAAAAAAAGUAAAAACCUAACAACAACACGAAAAAAGCAAGAGCGCUGGAAUCUCAGCUUUGAGGAAACACAUGGGAUGAAAGCAUCCGCCCAAGCGCUAACCAUUUGUCACAUGGGACACUUCCCCUCGGGGUGAAUCCUGGAUGUCCCCAGGAUGGAGCGAGGAGGUCGUGCGUGCGGGUGAGUGUGUGACUGCAGGGGGCCUUGGUGGCGCGAGGAGGCGACGCCGCCCCCUCCCUCAGGCGCAGGGAGGGUCUUCCAGGAAGCGGCGGACCUCGGCUGACUCCGCGGCUGCGGGUCCCGGGCUGCGGCCGCCUAGGCCGGCACGUAGCGCCGAGCGUGACUCAGCGCUGACUCAUCGGACUCGCUGCCAGUGGAUUUCCCCAGUCAGCUGCUCGCGCUCCUCCUGUCGCCGGGAGCUCGCAGGACUUCGCAGAUACCGCUGCCUCCUUAGUCUUUCCUGCACAGCAGAGCAGUCCUGUCGCUUUAAACAGACCUAGCCAGCUUUCACUGCUUUUGAAUCCCUACCGAGCGGGGCACUGCCGUGCUCUGUUUUCUUUGCCUGUAAGAGUGCAAUAGUCCACUAAUCAAAUUCUUUCAUCAAAAGCGUGUUGGGACAAAUCCCUGACAUCGUCCUUCCACUGUGACUUCGAGGUGACCUCCACCCAGGUUUCACUUCCGUUGUGCCCAGCUCUCGUCUUAUUUUUGUCCCUCGUUUUGUGAAUUUAUCCUCUCACCACGCUUGAUAACUAACGUUGGCGCUAACCCACAAUUGUGGUGACGCAAAUCAGGUUGAAACUUGGCAUCGUCGUGUGCAGGCAGUGAGGGACUUACUGUAAAAACUGAGGCCUUCAUAAAGGCGUUCUUAUCUGCCAUCCCACUUGCUGAUUAGAUACCAUGCUCAUUUUCUGUCAGCCACUCCCCUUUGAAAGUUCCUGAGAAAGAUUCAGAUGAAACCUGAAUUCAGGAGCUGUCGUGCUCAUUUGUUCUUCCCCAGAGUUCAAUCUGCAACGCGGCAGUAGGGCAGCAUUUCUCCAACUUUACCAUGGACCGCCUGCAUCAAAGCGCCGCGGUAAAAAUGCAGAUUCUUGAAGCUCACCUCAAAUUACAGACUCGGAAUGUUCUGGCGGGGUGGAGGCAUGGAGGCACCUGUCUGAGGGCGGGGCCUAGAAAUAAUCCAUCGUGUUAACCAACUACCUGUCAGUGAUUCUUAGGUAUAUUUAGGUUUGAAGACUACUAGCAAGAGGGGGAGGGUGUGAGACAUUAUACUGGGUAGACUCUAGGACUCCUUACAAUAUAGAACACUGUGUUCUAAAAUUGAUGUUUAAGUUUUGAUGGAAGGAAAAAAUAUUUCCAAAUUUUGGUUUUAUAUAUUAUAUUGU